AUGCACACGCUUGACAAGUACGAUCUCCCUCCAAUACCAGUGAAUAUUUCCAUAAUCAUCAUCCGAUCUUCUCUCUUGUCGGAUGGACUCCGAAAACAGGGUGUGGGGAGGUCCGUCGGCCUCAAGGCCAACGCCAAGGUCCAGCCAAUAUGAUGUCGGCUUAGCUUAGCUAAAUUCGGCUUCAAGAUCGUUCGAUUUUAGCGGUGAAGCCCACGCUAAGCAAAGGAGACCCGAACAAGCCUGUACUUUAUAUAGCCUCAACGACAACAUCCGCCUUGCGCAGAAUCGACCAUAGCUACACGUCCAGCUUCGAAGAUCACUCGUGAAUGA